CUUUGAAGACGAGAGUUUGAAGCCACAAACAUGGCACCUGCCGUUGGCGGUCCAGUAGGCUACACACCCCCAGAAGGAGGCUGGGGUUGGGCAGUAGUAGGCGGAGCCUUUAUAUCUAUUGGUUUCUCGUAUGCCUUUGCCAAAUCCAUUACGGUGUUCUUUAAAGACAUAGAAGUAAUAUUUGAUGCAACAAGCAGUGAAGUUUCCUGGAUUUCUUCAAUAAUGCUAGCAGUCAUGUAUGGUGGAGGUCCAAUAGCCAGUGUAUUGGUGAAUAAGUAUGGAAGCAGACCGAUUAUGAUGCUUGGUGGCCUUCUUUCUGGAAUUGGUUUAAUUGGUGCCUCGUUUUGUCACACUGUUGCGCAACUCUACUUUUGUAUUGGUGUUAUUGGAGGAUUUGGUCUUUCGUUUAAUUUAAAUCCAUCUCUAACAAUGAUUGGAAAAUACUUUUUCAAGAAAAGACCAAUUGCUAAUGGCUUGUCAAUGGCAGGCAGUCCUGUAUUUUUGUCAACACUUGCUCCUUUAAAUCAGUACCUCUACGGUAUCUUUGGUUGGAGAGGAAGCUUUUUGAUACUGGCAGGACUUCUUUUCAAUUGCUGCGUUGCAGGCUCCUUAAUGCGCCCCAUUGGACCUAAACCUGAUGAUUUGAAAAAGAAAGUGACGAAGGAGGUAUUGGAGGAAGCUGGGAAAUGCAAAGAUGACAAGGAUGCUAACAAAGACCUUAUUGAUGGAACAACAAAAACCAAACCAACUUUCUUUCAGACAAUUAACAAGUUUUUGGACUUUUCCCUGUUCACUCAUAGAGGAUUCUUGAUCUAUCUGUCUGGACACACAAUCAUGUUCUUUGGUCUCUUUGCACCUUUAGUCUUCCUCAGCAACUAUGCAAAAAGCAAGCAGAUUUCUCCAGAGCGUGCUGCCUUUUUGCUUUCCAUCCUUGCUUUUGUAGAUAUGAUUGCAAGACCUACUAUGGGGAUCGUAGCAAACACCAAGUGGGUGAGACCUAGGGUGCAAUAUUUCUUUGCUGUUGCUGUGCUCUAUAAUGGAGUUUGCCACCUGUUAGCACCUUUAUCAACUGAUUAUCUUGGCUUUGCGAUCUAUGCUGCCUUCUUUGGCUUUGCUUUUGGCUGGCUAAGCUCUGUCCUUUUUGAAACCUUAAUGGAUUUGGUUGGUGCACAGAGAUUUUCCAGUGCUGUUGGACUGGUGACGAUCGUAGAAUGUUGCCCUGUUCUUCUUGGACCACCCCUCUUAGGCAGAUUAAAUGACAUUUAUGGCGACUACAAGUAUACUUACCAAGCUUGUGGAGCAGUACUUAUCGUAUCUGGAGUUUACUUAAUUGUGGCGAUGACUAUCCAUUACAGACUUCUUGCAAAAGAGCAGAAAGCAGAGGACAAAAAAAGGAGCCAAGAAGCAAAUGGUGGUGACUCAGAACACAAAGUCAACAAUGAACUCUCAGUCCUUCCUCAGAGCGCAGAUGAUGUAAAAGAAGAAGAAAGUAACAUAUAGGGCAUUUUUUCUGUGCUUAGCGCUGUGUGGAAACAAUCAACAGGGUGGCACUGAUGCUGCACACUAGUCCGGUAUUGGGAUAGGAUUGUAUUUUUAAGCCUUAUUUAAAGC